AUGCUUCUCCGGUAUAGAAGUAGCCUCUUCUUCGCUGUUGGUGUAUUGUUCUUCCUCUGGGUGUUGUUGAGAAAUCACGAAAAGAUUGUGAGCCAUGUGGUCGAGCAAUAUAAAGGGUCAGUGGAAACAGAAGUCGUGAAAGCGCCAGGUUCUGAGGAAGUACCUACCAUUCACAUCAUCGAUCCUCUGGUUAUUGAACAUCCAAAACCACAGGAUGACCCUAUUUCUACUUCUCCACAACCACUAGCUACAAAAACGACACUUACUGAAUCUACGGCACUGAGUACCAGAGUCACUAUCCACUUGUCAAUACAAACUCCCAAGGCCACAACGACAUCAUCUUCAGCAGCAUCAUCCACUGCUACAUCAACGCUUCAGGAUGAAUUCAUGAAGGAAAAUCUGGCACUUGGGCAGGAACCGAAUGCAGGUCAAAUCUAUGGAAACACGCUUAAUGGUGUGGUAGGAGUAGGUCCGCAUACCGAAUCUCACACAUUAGCUCUCAAGGAGACAAACAUCUGGAAAUCAUACGGUCAAUCCAAACCACUCGAGUACCGCCCGUACCCUGACUAUAACAGUGGAGCUUGGAAGUUAAGAAACAAGGGAAAAUAUGUGCCAUGCGAUGGAGCCAAUGGACCAAUCAGAGAGAUUCUGGCGUUUUCCGGACAUUCCAAGGCUUUCGAAGAACCUCAGAUGGGAUCAUUUUCGCUUUUUGUUAUUGAUAACAAUUUAUGCUUCGAGAGAGAGACGCGACUUGGCUCAUACGGCUAUAUAGAGGAUGUUGGGGUCCUAAGCGGUGCAACUUUACCUCCUGGAACGCCUAAGGACGAACGCGGCUUGCAGACACAAAUGCAAUGGGAAGGUAUAAAUUGGGGACUGCUACAGACACAAUGUCUGGAAAGAAACAUAAAUCGAUACCUGAUAUCUGCAACUCCAGCAGAUCUCAGUAAAGAGAUUCCAAAUCCCACCUCGAACGCUCCGAACAUCUCCGAAGCUAAACAAUCCAAUACUAAGAAAAGAGUGCUGGGCACCAUUGCAAAUCGAGAUGAGCACCAAACGAGAGAGUCGAAAGAUACCCUUAUCGAAGCAGCCAAAGCAGCACUCGAUGCAAACACUCCCUACAAAUCACGGACAGCAAUCAUGCUUCGAUCAUACUCUGGAAAGAAAUGGAAUGAAAACGACAAACAUAAUGUUCGGUCUAUCAUUACAGAGCUAUCAUUGAAGUCUGGAGGUGAAUAUGAGGUCUUUCUGCUGGUGCAUAUCAGAAAUAGUACGAUUGCCAUAGAGAAUGACAUUGAUUACAUUAAAGCUCUUCACGAAAAUGUCCCCAAGGAAUUUCAUGAUAUUGCAGUGCUUUGGAACGAAGUCUACGUACGAGGACUUUAUCCGCUCAUUCCGAAGAAGGUCACCAAUGUACAUCAAUCUCAGUGGCUUCCUGUUCAGAUUUUCGCCCUGGAUUAUCCACAAUUUGACUUCUAUUGGAAUUGGGAAAUGGAUACUCGAUAUACCGGCCAUCAUUACGAUCUUCUUGAAAGACUCACAAAGUUUGGGGCUGAUCAACCUAGAAAGUACCUUUGGGAAAGAAAUGAAAGAUAUUACAUUCCAUCGGUACAUGGCCCCUAUGAUACCGAAUUCCGCAAAUCAGUCGAAAAUUCCUCGGGCAAAGAUACGAUAUGGGCACCCCCGAAAGUCGCCAAUGUAGUGUCAACCGGUCCCUUACCACCUGUACCAGAUCCCGCACAAGAUAAUUACGAAUGGGGCGUGGGUGAAGAUGCAGAUUAUAUAUCUGUUGCCCCAAUUUUCAACCCAAACGGCACUGGAUGGGUGGGCAGAAAUGACGUAUGGGGUUAUGAUGGACGGAAUGAUACUCCUCUUCGUACAACCAUCAUCACUCAUUCAAGGUGCAGCAAGAAGUUACUAGAUACCAUGCAUACCGAAAACCUCAAAGGGAAUCAUGUCAGUAGCGAAAUGACACCACAAACAGUUGCCCUUCUUCAUGGAUUGAAGGCAGUAUACGCACCACUUCCGAUAUUCUUUGAUAGAGCAUGGAAUGGUACUAGAUUGAAUAAAUGGUUCAACCCUGGACCUCAUGGAGAGAGUGGAAGUUCAUCAGAUAGUCCAUUUGGUUGGGGUAAAGAAAAAAGGUUCCUGGGAAUGACAUGGUAUUAUCGAGCGAUUCCGCCGGCUAGACUGUAUAACAACUGGAUGGGAUGGGAGGAUCAUGGAAUUGGUGGAGUGGAGUGGGAGAAGCUACAUGGCAGGCCUUGUCUUCCUCCCUUGUUACUUCAUCCAGUCAAAAAUACCGAGAACACAAAGCCAGGUUUUGCUACGAAAUACAAUUUUCCAUAA